CAGCGUAGUUCCUGCUUCAUAACAAACCGAGUGCGACAAACUCUACAGACGCAAAAAUGAAGCUUUGCCACGUUGCAGUCAUUUUAUAUGUGCUGUAUGGACUGACUGGUUUCAUUAGAGCAGAGGAUGAUCGUGAGGUGGCUGAAGAAGGAAACAUCACAGUUGCAUAUCAGUUUUAUCGAAAUGGACACAUGAAGCUCUUCUGUAAAAAUAACUGUGACAACGAAGAAAACAUUUUGGUUAAAACUUCAGAAAAUGAGCAAUGUAAAGGAAGAUACUGCAUUAAAUAUGAGGACAAAGGUUUAUUGAAUCAUAUCAUGUACGUGAACAUCACCAAUGUGACCAGAGCUGACUCCGGACAAUACCAGUGUGUUGUGAAAAGAUCAUUUCCAUUGAGAGAUGGAAUCCAGGAAUUUAGAAUUGAAGUUACAAAAAAUGCAGCUUUAAAUCCAACUUAUACUCUUAAACCAGAACCUAAUGUCACUGUGAAACCCACCACUGAUAUGGACCUGACUGUACAAACAGGUGACCAGACUUCACUCAUGUCUGUGACUACAACACAACAUAGUUUAUCUCCGAAGCCACAGUUCAAUCACUCUUCCGCAUCACCUGAUCAUGAGCAGCAGAGAAAACCAUCAGGACUAUUACCGCUGUACGUGCGUCUGUCUCUCGUUGCUAUACUAACCCUGUUACUAGCUGCUCUGCUGAUAUUCUACUGUAAGAAGAGAUCCAAAGCAUCUCCUGUGAUAACUACGGAAUAUGGGUCAACUCCUGUGACCCACAGAGUCUAUGAGGAGAUCCCAGACAACAGAGCUUCUCGUCCAGUGGAAAUGUCCACAGUUUAUGCUUCAGCCUCCUUCAGUGGACCACCUGAAGACCACACUUCAGAUGUCUACAGUCUGGCCACAACCCCAGGAGACCAGCACCAAACUGAAGGAAGAACAUUGACAGCUUUUGAGAUUUUGUAUGGACGGCCAUACCGAAUACCUGACCUGGACAUUAACGCAAGAGAUGCACCUGACUCUGUACCUGAUCUAGCCCACAGCAUCGCCCUGUCCACGUGGGUAUUCAUCAAGGUGAUCAAGCAGAAGCAUUGGGCCAGUGACCGAUACGAGGGACCACACCGCGUGUUGCUGACCACUCCCACCACUGUUAAGGUCGAGGGGAGGAACGGGUGGAUCCAUCUGAGUCACUCCAAGUCCCGGGAGCUCGACGAGUAA